AUGAAUGUGCAGAUAAAAUGCGAUCAUAAUCAUCGAACUUCGACGAUGAAACCAGUUGUAAAAAAAACGAUCAUUACAGCAGACGCAUCGGGUCGACGAUAUUUUGUUGUUCGAUCUUCAUCACGGCCAGGUGGUCGACGAUAUUAUGUUUGUUCAAGACCAGAUUGUGAAGCACGUGUUACUCGGGAGUCGGAUUUUUUUUGUCGAGCUCACUCAGAACUCAAAACUGCUGACAAUGAACAUGAUGUAUCAACCAAAUUGGAUGAUGCUGACGAAAGCAUUCUGAAUGAUCAUAGCGAAAUCGCCGAUGAGGAUAUGCCAUCUCAAGAUUCGUUAAAGGAAGAAUCUGAGGCGAAUAUGGAAGAACAUGAAAAUGGUCAUGAAAUUGAACAUGACAAUUUAGAUUCAAUGACGGAAAAUGAAGUUCACGAAAAUGGUAAUGAAACAUUAGCACAGCCAACAAGACAAAGAGUCAAAUCGAAUCGCGCUGUUGAAGUAGAUGAUGCCACAGGUGCACGUAGUUUUCGUGAUAGUUCUGGACGUCGUCGACUCUUAUGUGCCGAAGCAAAUUGCACAAAUAUGCUCAAACGUCAAACGGAUAUUUUCUGUCGAGCACACAACAUGAACGAUGGCAUUGAAGACGGUGAAAACAAUAGUAGUAUUAACGAAGAAACAGGUCGGGUGAAGAAGACACGCUACUCAGCUCCUGUUACAUCGGAUCAACCGAAAGAAAAUCCUCCACUUUUGAAUAAUACCAUAACAUCAACUACGCAAAAUGGUACAAAUGGAAAUCACUCGGAAGAAUAUGAAUCGCCCGAAAAAGCACAAGAACGGCCGGGAACCAAACGAUCGUUUCGUGAUGCAUCAGGUCGAAUCCGUUUUCUCUGUUCGAUUCCAAUCUGCCGUAGUCGAGUUCAUCGACAAGCAGAAACAUUUUGUCGACGACAUCAACGUGAAUUUGAAAGUCAACAAUGUUCAAGUAUUUCGGCAUUCAUAACGGCAUGUGUCAACAGAGCACGAGAGAAUGCUAAAGAAGAGAAUGGCUUAGGCGAAAUGAAUAUCAAUCAUAACAAUACGAACGAACUGUCCCGUCAACUGUUAAUUGAACCAACGACAAAACGACGUAAAUACGAUUCUCAAAAUUCUAUAUCAAAAUCAUUGAAUAAAUCUUCGAAUUCACCGAGAAAUAUUGUUCUCUCAACAACUACUCUCAUUGAUGAACAAUGGAACGAUAUUCUAACCAUGAUUCGUCAGUUUCCUCAAGUCCAACUGUCAACAAACUUAGUCGUUAAUGAUCAUACUACACAUCUACUAGUAGACGAUAGCGAAAAAUCUCUACAUUGUACAAUAACCAAGAAGAUCGUUCAAGCAGCUGUUCGUCGUCAUAUAUUUAUCAUCUCCGCACGUUGGAUACGUGAUUGUCUUCACACGCAUACGUUUCUCGACGAGCAUCCUUUUGAAAUUCUAAGUGAUUCUCAUACAACACUACGUUCGUCUGUACAAAAUUUCCAAAAUCACAAUCAGUAUUUGUUUACAUCCAAACACGCAUUUGCUAUCGAAUGUCGGCAAUGUCAGGGUUCGAUCAAUCGCAACGAACUCGUUGAGUUAAUUGAAUUGAGUGGUGCGCAAUUAUAUGAUCAUGAUCAAAUCAUUGAUACAUUAAUUGUCCUAUGUGACACCAAUGAGAAAAACUUGGCGAAAAUCAAAGAAAAAUACAUUCCAUAUAAUGUGCCGACUACAAAAUACGUCACAAGUGACUUUUUACUGAAAUCAAUCAUAAAAUUCGAAAUUCAAGAUAUUGACAAAUAUGCAUUAUAA